UGGCCAUGCAUUACAAUACAAGCACAUCACAACUGCUCCUCUCCCACUCUCCCCCAUGAUGUGCAAAGUUUUUACCAGCAGUAUGUGACACAUCUCAGCUCUGCGCUAUUUCUCAGGAAACGUGCACUUCCGUCUGGUGUAGUAUCAAGCAACACAUCUUCGUUUCCAGAGCAUUCUCGUGGUCAGCCACCGGUGCGAGGAUGUAGCAACACAAAGGGUCUGACUAUGUGCAGAAAAAAAUGAAUCUAUUUAUGGGCUGCUUACCGUCAAGCAAACAUACACAACUAACUAGUGGAGAGAGGAGGAAGCCUUCACUUUUUCUUUUUCUUUUUUAAUUACAAGAGAGGCGAGGAAGUGAUUUGGCCCUAAUUGUGCAGUAAAAGAAGUUCAGCAGCGGAGGGUUUUUUUUUUAGCUUUGUGACGUGGAGCUGAUGGAGUUUUCUGAGCAUAUCAAGACCGCGAAUGUGGAGGAUGUUGUGCUCCGACAGCCGCUACACCCGCCGAGCAGGGGCACCCUGUGCAUCACCGGCCACCACCUGCUCUUCUCGGAAAGGGAGGAGGGCAGCUGCCGGCAGGUUUUGCUGCUCCUCAGGAACAUCGAUGCCAUUGAGAAAAGUGUGGAAAACCUUUUGGCCUACUCCUCCAUCUUCCGUAAUGCAGACAACAGUCAAAAAAGAACAUCUGGAUCUUCAGGGACGAUUACUAUCAAGUGUAAAGAUCUGCACGUGCUCCAGCUUGACAUCCCAGGCAUGGAGCAGUGCCUCAACAUUGCACGCUCUAUUGAGACCCUGUCCUGUUUGGACAGCGUGACAGAGAUGUACCCUUUCUUUUACAGACCUUCUGAUGCCCACCUGCCGGACCAGUGGGGUCUCUGGUCCCCUGAAAAGCACUACAGUCAAAUGAAGGAACUUCAUGAUCGGUGGAGACUAAGCACCGUGAACAGAGAAUACUUAGUGUGUCCCUCUUACCCUCCAGCUGUCAUUGUCCCCAAGAACAUAGAUGAUGACAUGCUGGAGAAGGCGGCCAAAUUCAGGCAGGGAGGACGCUUUCCUGUCCUCUGCUACUACCAUAGGAAGAACGGCACGGUAAUUAUGCGCAGCAGUCAGCCGCUGACUGGAGCCAAUAGGAAACGCUGCAGGGAAGAUGAGCAACUCCUCCAGGCUGCGAUUGAAGGCUCAGACAAAGGUUACAUUAUUGACACACGCUCCAGUCAGCAGGCGCUGCAGGCCUGCAUGACAGGCGGAGGGUUUGAGUCCAAAACAUGUUAUAGCAGCUGGAAGAGACUGCAAAGACAAAUGGAGAGGUUUGGUAAAGCACUGCAGGAGAGUCUAAUUAAACUGGUGGAGGCCUGUGGUGACGUACCAAAUAUGGACCGUUGGCUCGGUAAACUCGAAAAUUCAAAGUGGCUGUCUCAUGUCCAAACUGCCCUGUCAACUGCUGGUCUGCUGGCGGAGUGUGUGGAGAGGGACGGUCAUUCAGUUCUGGUUUACGGCUCUGAAGGGAGAGACUCCACUUUGCUCAUCAGCACUCUGGCUCAGCUCAUCAUGGACCCAUACUGCCGCACCCUGGAGGGCUUCCUGGCUCUGCUGGAGCGGGAGUGGGUACAGGCAGGACACCCAUUCCAGCAACGCUGUGCCCAUUCUGCCUACUCCCAUGCCCGUCUCCAGCAGGAGUCCCCUGUCUUCCUGCUGCUGCUGGACUGUGUGUGGCAGCUGUGGCGUCAGUUCCCCCUGGCACUGGGCUUCUCUGAGGCGCUGCUUCUGAGGCUGGCGACUGAGGCCUACGCAUCUAACUAUGGCACCUUCCUGUGUAACAGCCAUCAGGAGAGGUGUGUUCUAGGACUGAAGGAGAACACUCACUGCUUGUUCCAGGCACUGUUAAGACCCAAGGAGAGAGACUGCUACUCUAAUCCCCUGUAUGAGCCCACUGAGCUGGCAAUCUGGCCCUCAGUCCACCCUCAGUCCCUACAGCUUUGGAGAGGCUUUUUUCUGAGGUGGACCCCACAGGCUCGCCACCUUGAAGAGGCUCAGGAGGAAAUAAGAAACAUGGUCAUUGAGUGGGGGAAACUGGCGCUCAGCUGAUGCCCUGUCAGUACGUGAAGGAGGAAAGAUGUUCAGCCUGAACAUGUAGAACAUGUUUCUAGAAGGAAUGAUAAUGUGCAAUGCCUUUUGACUGUAGAUAUUUUGUAACAACUUGUUUUGUUUUAAUGUA